AUGCCCUCAACCCCCUCCAAUAGGGGCGCUGCCUGUCCUGCCUGCAAGGGACCCCUGGAGGAUGCAGUGACUGCCACCUGUGGACACACCUUCUGCCGGCUGUGCCUUCCCCCACCCUCCCAGAUGGGGGCCCAGGCCUCUGGCAGAGUCCUGCUCUGUCCCCUUUGCAACCAGAAGGAGGAGAAGGAGAACCUCCUGGUUCCUGUGCCCCUGGGCCCUUUGGGAGAGACUUACUGCGAGGAGCACGGUGAGAAGAUUUACUACUUCUGUGAGAAUGAUGCCGACUUCCUCUGUGUGCUCUGCCGGGAGGGACCCUCCCACCAGGCCCACACUGUGGGCUUCCUGGACGAAGCCAUUCAGCCUUACCGGGAGCGGCUCAGGAGUCGGUUGGAAGCUCUGACUACGGAGAGAAAUGAGAUUGAAGAUGUGAAGACUCGAGAAGAUCAGAAGCUCCAAAAGCUUCUGAAUCAGAUCGAAAGCAAAAAGAAACAGGUAGAAGCAGUUUUUGAGAAGUUGCGCCAAGAGCUGGGGGAUCAGCAGAGUUUCCUGUUGGCCAGCCUGAGGGAGCUGGAGCAGCAGGUCUGGAAGGAGAGGGAGGAGUACAUCUCCACGGUCUCUGAGGAGGUCUCCCGGCUUGGCGUCCAGGUCAAGGAGCUGGAGGAGAAGUGUCAGCAGCCAGCAAGUGAGCUUCUGCAAGAUGCCCGAGGCAACCACAGCAGGUGUGAGAUGAAGAAUUUCGUGUGCCCAGAGGCCGUUUCUCUUGACCUCAUCAAGAGGAUCCGAGAUCUUCACAGGAAAAUACUUACCCUCCCAGAGAUGAUGAAGGCCUUCUCAGAAAAGUUGGUGCGUCAUCUGGAAACAGAUUCAGGGCUCAUCACUCUGGACCCCCAGACCGCCAACCGCAGCCUGGUCCUCUCGGAGGACGGGAGGUCGGUGAGGUACACCCGGCGCAAGCAGAACCCGCCCGACAGUCCCCUGCGCUUCAAGGACCUCCCUGCCUUGCUGGGCUCCCCGGGGCGCCACCGCUGGCAGGUGGAGGUGCAGCUGGGAGAUGGCGGAGGCUGCAUGCUGGGGGUGGCCCGGGAAGACGUGAGGAGGAAGGGAGAGCAGGUCUUGAGCACCGACGAGGGCAUCUGGGCCGUGUUCCUGUCGCAGACGGGGUGCUGGGCCAGCACCUGCCCCAUCAAGGACCUGGCGCUGAGUGAGGUUCCGCGCCAGGUGUGUGUCAUCCUGGACUACGAGCUGGGGCUGGUGACCCUGCUCAACGCCGAGACGGAAGCUUCCAUCUUCACUUUCAACGCCCCCUUCUCCUGCAAAAUCUUCCCUUUCUUUGCAGUCUGGAAAAAAGGUUCCUGCCUUGUUUUGAAAGGCUGA